CCGUUUCACUAAAAUGAAAAACAGAAACAAACACACGCCAUUGUGGCUCAAAGGAGAGUGAAAUUGAACUAAAUUGUCCAGCAAUUUGAGCCAAGAUGGCUGACACAGGGAGACAGUUUCUUAUCUUUCUCGGGGUUCGUUUGGCUGUCAAGGCAACAGUCCCUCCAGUGAAUUGCCUUCUCUUUGCUGAAAAGGGCUCGUUCUCUUAUACUAUGUUUAGCUCAGGGUAUUUUUUUAAUACUGAUACAAUUUUCCAAGAUAUUUUUAAAAAGGUCGUAUGUUAUAAACAACAAUAAACUACUACGUAUAACAAUGAUAGCUAUUGAUAAAAACAAUACAAUAUUUCGUUAUAAUUUAGUUCCAAGACGCAAUAAUAUAAUGUGUGCUAUCCAAUUAUGGUGUGUAAAUUAGAAAGUGCUAAUUUCAUAAUUAAAAUGCCGGUACAGAAAGAUGAGUUUUCAAUUAAUACCUCUAAAGGUGUUGGGAUGGAAGGCGCAUGCGCGUAACACACACAGGCGGAUACAAUCCUACAUGAUCUAGAGGAAGAAGGAAGUAGACUGUGUGUGUGUUUGAGAGGAGAAGAAACAUUGUAACGAUAAAACGGUGGAAAUUGUCCGCGUACCGUGUUUACUGCUGAAACACAUAAGUACAGUACAGCUAAAAACGGUGUGUUUAAAACAAAACUGCUGAUAUUUCUGUAAAGAUUACUGUGUGAGAGUUUUCCUGUUAACACAGUCUGCACCAGAGCAGAGGAGAAGCCGCUGUGUUUGUAUUAAUAGAAGAGAAUGAAAUCCAUCUGUGAAAUGAGAGAGAUGGAUCUCUGCGCAUCCUCCGCGUCUCUCCUGGAAGAAGAACUCGCCUCUGCUAUCGAGCCUGCAGUGAAAGCGGCUGUGCUGAGCGUCAUGUCUGCGUUAGCAAAGUUCGUGGACAGUAAAUGUGCAGUUUUCCACCUGAGACUGGACGAAAGAGACAAAGAUUUCGAAAGCGUGAGAUUGCGAUUGGAAAUCGCGGAGAGCGAGUUGAAAGCAGUAAGAGAACGAGAAUGCACGAACACUGCCGAUAAGAACUUCACACACUCUCUCACAAACACCGAUGAACAAUACUGCGGGAUUGACGUUGAUUUCCUUCAUCUACCCGAGUUGGAGCAGCAAGUGCACCGUUUGGACCACUCGAGGACAGCGGAAUGGAGACGCGCAGUGGAGGGUCCUGCAGAGAGAAAUGCUCUCCCUCAUGCUGAGGAAGGGUCGAAGGCAGAAUCAGUUCCCAUUCAGGAGGAGCUCUUUGACCAGGAAUGGUGCAGGAGUCCAGAGCAGACUACAGAGCUGACAUCUAUUGAAGGGGAGGAGGAGAAACCUGGACUGGAUCCUGUCCACGUUAAUGAAGAGAUCCCUGGAAUUGAACCGGUCAUCAUUAAAGAGGAGGUUCUUGAACUUGAAUCUGACCCCAUUGAAGAGGGGGGUUCUGAUCACUUUGAAAGACAGCAGCAGAUUCACGCUGGACAGAAACCUCAUCACUGCUCUGAAUGUGGCAGGAGUUUCAGUACAUUUGCAGAGCUGACAAGCCACCAGUGCAUUCACACAGGAAAAAAUCUGUACUUUUGUUCAGAAUGUGGGAAGAGUUACACUAUGUUAAGUAACCUGUCAUUACACCUGCGUACUCACACAGGAGAGAAGCCGUUUCUGUGCACGGAAUGUGGAGUGACUUUUUCUAAGUUAAGUAACCUGACGAAACACUUGCGAAUUCAUACCGGAGACAAACUGUAUCAAUGCAGUGACUGUGUCAAGAGUUUCAUUACAAAAGAGGAGCUGAAAAGACACCAGCGCAUCCACACAGGAGAAAGACCGUACCGCUGCACUGAAUGUGAGAAGAGCUUCAAACAUAUACACCACCUCACAACACACCAGCGCAUUCACACAGGAGAGAAGCCCUAUUCCUGUACUCAGUGUGGCAAGAGCUUCACGCAGCUACAGCACCUUAAAACACACCUGCGAAUUCAUACUGGAGAGAACCCGUACCGCUGCGGUCAAUGCGGCAAGAGUUUCAAACAGUUUCAGCACCUUAAAUUACACCAGCGCACUCACUCAGGAAAGAAAUAGGAUUGCAAAAAUAAACCCCUCUGAGCUUGUUUUAAAAACUCACAAGGCUGUUUUAAGUGACAGCUUCAUAUCGGAUGGUGCAUUAAGUACAGUAAGUGAGUCACACAUGACAUAGCCCACACUCAGUCCCGCUGCCCCUGAGCAACAGAGUCCAUCAGCGAUGCGAGUGAGCAGAACCAUUGUCACUCUGAGCUGCUCAGUGGCAGCUGUGUGGUCCAGUGGUUAAAGAAAAGGGCUUGUAACCAGGAGGUCCCCGGUUCAAAUCCCACCUCAGCCAUUGACUCAUUGUGUGACCCUGAGCAAGUCACUUAACCUCCUUGUGCUUCGUCUUUUGGUUGAGACGUUGUUGUAAGUUACUCUGCAGCUGAUGCAUAGUUCACACACCCUAGUCUCUGUGAGUCACCUUGGAUAAAGGCGUCUGCUAAAUAAACAAAUAAUAAUAAUAAUAAUAAGUGACGGACCACACCCACUGUGUACAGGCCAUAAGGGAAAUGGGCUGCUGGAGCGAGUGUUUCUUUGUUCAUCUUUUAUUUAUUAAUGGCGAGUAAUCGCUGGAAUAUACAGACAUGGCCAUAUAUAUAUAUAUAUAUAUAUAUAUAUUCUUUUAAAUGAUGUCUCAACCCUGACAUUCUAUGGGAUGUAAAACCUCUGGCCAGUGAUGUAUUGUAUAAGGAUUCACUGUUUAUGACAGGAUGUGUUGGUCUGUUUCGCUUUUUAAAAUAUGAUGUGCAGCAGUUAACUUUGUUUAGCAUUUUGGUUUGAGAGUUACCUGUGCUUUUGCUACAAGUCUGUCAGAUCUCAUUGGGUCAAUUGCAACAAACUUGUUGAUUCAGUAUGGAGCUGCCUAUUAAGUUGUGUUCUAGCUGAUGUGGUACUAUCUCAGCAUCGUCCCCAGCUGUGUACUAACUUAGUACCAAGUGCAGCGAAAAAAGAUAGGGAACAAAGCUGGGGACUAGCUGAUCUGCAGCUUUAGUACAGAGCUCAGGGUUCAGCAAAAAAAACUUAAUUAUGUAUGGAAAUGUAUUUAAGCUUGAAAGUAAAUACUAAGGCUGAAUUGCAUUAGAAUAUUUUCCUAAACCAAAUUCACAUACAGUCUAAUUUUCUUAAAACGCUUCCACAAUGGAUGAGGCUGUGGCAGAGGCUCAACACAGCUUUUAUUAUUACUCAUUAUUUAAUUCAUGCACAACACAGAUGCAUGUGUUUAUAGGACCACAAGUGUAUUGCAGACUCUAAAAGGUGCAAAUUGAAUCAGAAAU